AUGGAGGAAUAUGCAAGAGAGCCUUGGUAAUUUUAUGCUUCCUUGCCCCUCUGAUUUCCAGGAUUUCUUCACAAAGGUUAUUUUUAGAGGUAUAAUGACUGAAUUAUGUCCUUGAAUUCUUUGUAGUCCUUACCGAAUCGUGGAUGACUGUGGAGGAGCGUUUAUGAUGGGUGCCAUCGGUGGAGGAAUCUUCUCGUUUGUGAAAGGAUGGAGAAAUUCGCCGGCUGUAAGUUUCGUUCCUCCACCUUUUUUCGUGUGUGGAUUUUUCUGUCCUAUGUUAUUCCGAAUAAAGUCGUGAUUUGCAUCGUAUAUAACUGAACCAGUUACUCAAAAUAAACUUCUUUCAGUUCCAAUGGAUCGUGGUAGUCUGUACUGAUUCUAGAUCAGCUGAUGACAAACUCGAUUACAGCAUUACAAAAUAUGAUUUACCCUUAUAUCUAUGACGAUAAACUGUAAGACAUAUCCUAGGGAAUUUAUCCACUGUCAUGAAAUGAUAUACAUACUUAGGUUAUACUUGAUUUUGUGGCUACGGUAGACAAAAAAUAUGAAUAUCGAACUUUUAUGAUAUUUAAUGGUCAUGGCAAUGCACACACGUGAUAAUGUCACCAUGUGUACUCAAACAAACAAAGAGUAUGAUUGUAAAGAAAAAUUCAUGCUAGUCCUGCAUACUAAAUCCAGUUCCAAAUGACUUUUUAAUACUUGAGAAAAUUCUUCUGUUGACGAGUAUGAUACAUUUUUGAGGAGAUUGGUUACGAAAAUAAAGAAAUUUAAAAUUAUCACUAUGGGAUGGUACCCGGACAAACUCUCUGUCCUUUCCAACAAAAAAUAUUGGGUCAUCUCAAGUAUACUGCUUCUCUAAGGAUUAUAUGACUGUUUAAGUGCUCAUGAUUGGUCAAAUAACUCUGGUAUUUCUUGUAGGGGCAAAGACUUUAUGGCAGUAUUGGUGCUGUCAAAACAAGAGCACCUGUUCUUGGAGGUUAGUGCUUCAGUUUACAGGCAUUAUAGUUUACUCAUUUUUGUAUGGCUAUUGAACAGUUUAUCAUUUCAGGUAAUUUUGCUGUAUGGGGAGGUUUAUUUUCUACAUUUGACUGCUGUCUGAUGGGAAUACGAGGCAAAGAGGAUCCAUGGAACUCAAUAGGUAGUGGUGCUAUCACAGGAGCUGUAUUAGCAGCAAGAGGUGAGUUAUCAAGUUAUCAACCACAUUCCUCUCUAAAAGAGCCUAGAAUAUAAAGGAAAUUUUACUCAGUUUGCAGCCUGACAUUUUUGGGAUAUAAUAUAUCCGCAGAAAAAAAAAACCACAAUAUUUAAUGGUUAUAGUUAUUAGCAAUUAUUCAACAAUUAGCACGCAUUGGAUAUGAGAUGGUAAUAGCAUGCAUCAAGUCCAUUAUAAUGUAUCUCUUAUCCAACAAGUGCAAAUGGAAUAACUGUUUCAUUGAAUUUCAUUAAAUCCUUUACAUUUUGAUAUUUAUAGCUUUACAAAGCAAAAUUAUUCAGCUCCACAACACUUAGCAUAAAUUAUGCAUUUCCAUAUAAGGUAACUCAGAAUAUUGGCCAAUAACUGGAGAAGAGUGAACCAAUCACAACACCAGAAAUUUUAUAUUCAGAGUUGAAAAUAUAAUAAUGAAAAAUAUAUAAUGUAAAUUUGGUUUGAUAGAUGUAGUGAUUUCUUCAAACUCAUCAUGCUUGACUUAUCAAGCAAAAUUGACUUAUCUACUGUGUUAAGUAAUUUUUAUCAGUUGUCUAUUAAAAGGGAGAUGGUUGCUAUUAUUCAAUGGUAAUUGUUAAUUUUGAGAACUAACCAUAGAAUAGAACUGUGUGACUCUGUUUGAGGUACAUUACAUAACCACCAGUGGUGAUCAAAAAUGGUGAUGCAAAAUGUAACUAAGUCCUUCUGCGAUCUUUAGGUGGACCAUCAGCAGCCCUAAGAUCAGCGGCAUUAGGAGCUGUCCUGUUAGCUUUAAUUGAAGGAAUAGGAAUUGGAAUAACAAGGAUGACAGCAGAGCAAUUCAAACCAGGUUUGUUCUCAGAAUUUUUUAAUGCCAAAGCUCUUUAGAAAUGUUCAAAAAUGUCUUUUCUUAGUUUUAAAAUGUGGAACAGCUCUGUAACUUUUACAGUGCCUUUCUCCAACCAGGAGUAUAAAUGGUAUCAGCAAAUUGUCAGGGAAGCCUGAUGAAAUGCUGGGGGGUAAACCUUGCGAUGGACUGGCAUCCCAUCUAGGGAGGAGUAGUAACACCCCUAGUUGCUUCAUGCCAUGGAAACUCCAAUAAGCUCCAGUCGGAUGGGCUCCCUGGCUCAAGUACAGACAUUUUUAAGACCUUACCAGACUUUACAUGUAGGAUCAAGUUAUAGCAAACUGGUAACUGCAGAUCAGUCAUGACUUUAGGUACUCAUUAUUUAACCUUUCUUCCUUGCAUUUCAGUCAUGCCACAGCCCCCAGACCCUGCACAGUUACCUCCAAAACCAUUCAACCCUACACCACAACCAAUACAGCCAGCAUCAGAAUUUGAUUAUCAGCCGCAGUAUCAAUAGGAAAAGAUAUACAAUACAAUAUGACAACUUUUCAAGUCAAAUUUUUGAGGAUUUUGUUACUGAUGUUACAAGGCCAGCUAUCCAGUCUGUGUUUAAGGAACAAUGUUGAAAAAGGCAAGGGGUACUUGUUGUUCACCAUCCUCUAGAAGCUCAGGCUGAAAGGACUGACAGAUGAGGAGGCAAGCCUCAUUAUGGGAAUUUAAUUUUGGAAGUUGUGUUGUUUGCUGUUGUCAUAAAAGAGGAACAACACAUAAACAUGUGCCAAACAUAAAAUUGCUUCACUUGAUGAAGUGGCAAUAGAGGCGUGGUAUCAAGUGGUAUGACUUGUACAUAUACAUGGAUACAUCAUGAAUUUGUGACUAGGGAUAUUGUUACUUGUACAAACAGGACAUGUUUUGUUGCUUUGGGUGGCAACAUAUUGGAGCACAUUCGCUUUCUAUUAGUUUUUUUUUUUAUUCAAUAUCUGCAGUGAAUGCAACUGUUGAUAAGCUGACAAGCAAUGGGCAGAUAACACUGUCACUAGUGUUAUGUUUCAGACUGAAUUUAUUUAGAAAGUAGUGGAAAUAAUUUGCAAAAAAUUAAAGUUAAUAUGUUUUCAAGUAUACUGGUGUGGUAAGUGGUGUCGUAAAACCAAACAUCAUUUUAACGGGCUGCAGCACAAUGCCAUUUUUAUUCAGUCUAUUUCUUUGGAAUCCAAUACAAAAUCCAUUGGAGGAAAAGGUUUAAAAUAAUUUCAUUACAG